UGGCACUCGUGUUAUUAGAGUUUGUGGAGUUGAGUUACUCUCUGCCUCAUCCCCGUGUUAGCACUCUGUCCGUCACGACCACGCCCACUGUAUCUUUUCAUCCCUCGUAGUGUUGGAUACCAAACAAACAUUUCUGAAUCGAAGUCGCAUGCGAUUGGCUGGCAAUCAUUUCAACAGUAAGUCUCGGUCACUUUAAUAAGAUAUCACCUGCACAGUUGAGAGUCAGCACUGAAGAAGACAGGUUGGGUAGCCUCACCCGCUAACCGAAUCGACCUUUGUUUUGUUUACCUUGAUAUUUCUGCGAUCGUAACACUGUCACUUCUCUCUCAACAAGAACUUGCCUUAGGACCAGCCACAUAAAAAAUGAAGAUGUCUUGGAUAUUCAUUGCUGCUCUUGUUUCUCACCUUGCUGUGAGGUGUACGUCAGCACAGUCGCCCAGUCAAAGAGAAGAUGCCAUGGGAAAGUAUUUUGUAAUGAGCAGGUAUCAGUGUGAGCUACUUUGCUGGUACCGGAAGCUGUGCAAGACCUACUCUUACAUGUACGACAGCGUGCAAGCCCUUGAUGGUAAUUGUGUUCUGCACGCUGCGAAUAUCACCACAAAUACAACCAACAUGGUGCCGACAGGUUGGAUAGAACGAGAAGCGAUAUCCAACCCCACAACCCAAAGUACAACUUGUCGUAGUCGCCCUUGCGAAGACACGGAGAUGUGUUUUCCCACCUACACGUCACCUUCCUACACCUGCCAUCCGGUUGUUGCAGAAUGCCAAGCUCCACCACAACCGGACGGCGUCUACAGCAAUGUGACACUACUCCAGGGUCAAAGGACAAACUUCACGUGCAACUCGUCUCUAGUAUGGGCUCCACGUCACGCCGACAAGACAGUCACGUGUCAAGUCACCGGCAAGUACAGCCAGCUGAAAGGGACGUGUAAAAACGCCAUCUACUACUCACCGAGUGUUCCAUUUAACAAGCCGCUGCCAGAUGUGGUCAUGGGAGGAUGGGAGGCCUGCUUCAAGGGCAUUUUUAUUGGCACUGAAAGAAUGAGCUUCAGCUUUUCACGACAGGCAGGAUGCUUCGUGUGAUACCAAUCUUGCUAAAGUUGGCAACAUUUACCUUCAGCUUGAUUUCCGAAACAAUUUUUCAAAUGUCAAGACAAACAGUAUAUUACUACACCGGUCUAGAUAACUGUAACUGGACCCCUGGUGGUGAAAUAGGAAAUCUUCCUCUACGCCCCAACGACUACUUUGAAAUGACUCUGAGAAUCUUGUUCAACAACACAAUGCAGAUUAUCUACAAAAAUCUCACAACCCAACAAUUCGACCUGGUGUCAACCAACAUCAUCUUGACAAACGCCACGUUCUUGGAGAUUGUACAUGAUGUCAGUCUUUCCUUCGUGGACCUCGGCAGAGGAUGUGACUAGCUCUACAAUCAAAGCAACCAAUGGGAAGCUGGUACAUGGAAACUGCUGUGAAGGUUUCCUAAAAUUUUCUGUAUUGGUAGUUGUUAGAGAUUGACACACGGUGUACUAAUUAUACUUUCUUC